CUUCUCCCCUAAACACGAGCACUACAUAGUGCGUCACAUAAGGGCUUCGGAAAACAAAUCGGUGAGGAGCCGACUUCAUUCAUUCUGCUCGGAACUCUCCGGGUUGUAAGAUCUAUCCUGUAGACUGACGGCGGCAGAACAGAAGAGAUGAAGCUGUGUGUGAGUGAAGGAAACCCGCAGUGUGUGAAAGCGCUCGCGGCGCUCGAGCACACCGGAGUGAAAAGUGACGUGCAGCUGCUGAGCCACGAGGAAAAAGUGGUGUCCUUCCUGAACAGCCCGGUCCUGCCUGUUGCGGUGUUACCCAACGGCCAGCAACUUUUCAGUGCUAAUGCCAUCUGCCAAUAUCUUUUCGAAGUCGCUGGGAAAGAAAUCACAGAUGCUAGCAGGCAGUUCUUGGAAUGGGAAGCGACAGAAUUGCAGCCUGUGCUGCUUCAGGCCCUCCAAGUGGCAGUGCUUCAGGGGAAACGUGACGAGGCUGGCACUCUGUUGAGGAAACCUCUGAGCUGGCUGGAGCAGUGUCUGAGUGGAAAAACCACACCGUUUCUGACUGCAGAGACAGUCGAAGUGGCAGACAUUGUCUUGUGGGCAGCGCUGUAUCCCGUUCUGUCUGACUCCUCUUUGGAAGUUGGUGAGCUGCGUUCCGUUCGAGGAUGGUUCGAGCGUGUAGGUCAGCUCCCAGCAUGCACCAGAGCAGUGCAGAAGAUUUUGCCAGGCAAACAGCCUAAUGCUCUAAAGAAUUUCCUUCAAAAGCAACCAGCUUCACACACACAGCGAAGAGAAAACCUGAGCACUGAGACUGAAGACGCAGAGCAUGUGAUGACUGAGGAGGAGAUUAAGGCAGCUGCACAGGUUUGGAGUAAAGGACUGGCAGAAUGUCGUGAGACUCUAGAAAGGCAACAUCCUAUAUUACCCAAGGAAGGGAAGCGUAAUGUUCUGGUCACCAGCGCACUGCCGUAUGUCAACAACGUGCCUCACCUCGGCAACAUCAUCGGUUGUGUGCUCAGCGCCGAUGUCUUCUCCAGAUAUGGCCGUUUGCGUGGGUGGAACUUGCUGUAUUUGUGCGGGACAGACGAGUAUGGCACUGCAACAGAAAACAAGGCUCUCGAGGAAGGGCUGACGCCCAGAGAGAUAUGUGACAAAUACUUUGCCGUCCACAAUGCCAUCUACAAGUGGUUCCAGAUUGACUUUGACUACUUCGGCCGCACCACUACUCAACAGCAGACUGAAAUUUCACAGAACAUAUUCUUCCGUUUACUCGAGCGGGGCUUUCUGAACGAAGACACCGUGGAGCAGCUACGCUGUGAGAACUGCCAGCGCUUCCUAGCUGACCGCUUUGUGGAGGGUGUGUGUCCUCACUGUAAGUUUCCUGAAGCCAGAGGGGACCAGUGUGAUAAGUGCGGCCGCCUCAUUAACGCUGUGGAGCUCAAGGAUCCUCAGUGUAAGGUGUGUGGAAACACUCCGGUGAUCCGCACCUCUAAGCACUUGUUUCUCAACCUGCCCAAGCUGGAAGGUGAGUUGGAGAAGUGGCUGGAGCAGUCAUUUAGUACUGGUGACUGGACAGCUAACGCUAAGCAGAUCACUCGCUCCUGGUUAAGAGAUGGUCUGAAGCCACGCUGCAUCACGCGAGACCUGAAGUGGGGGACCCCUGUACCACUCCCAGAAUAUAAGGACAAGGUGUUUUAUGUGUGGUUCGACGCCCCCAUUGGCUACCUCUCCAUAGCGGCCAACUACACCAGUGAAUGGGAGAAAUGGUGGAAGAACCCACAACAGGUGGAGCUGUAUAACUUCAUGGCGAAAGAUAACGUUCCAUUCCACAGUGUAGUUUUCCCCUGCUCUCUGCUCGGAGCAGAAGACAACUACACGCUCGUCAACAACCUCAUCGCUACAGAAUAUUUGAACUAUGAGGACACGAAGUUCUCAAAGAGCCGUGGUGUGGGAGUGUUUGGAGACAUGGCUAAAGAUACAGGCAUUCCAUCUGACGUUUGGCGUUUCUACCUUACCUACGUGAGACCUGAGGGCCAGGACUCAUCCUUCUCCUGGGUUGAUCUGGCUCUAAAGAACAACUCCGAAUUGCUCAAUAACCUGGGCAAUUUUAUCAACAGGGCUGGCAUGUUUGUGAGCAAGUUCUUUAAUGGCUGUGUGCCGGAGAUCGUUCUGCAGGAUGAAGACAAGCGUCUCAUCGCUCAGGUGUCCUGGGAGCUCAAGCAGUACAUCCAGUUACUGGACAAAGUCAGGAUUCGCGACGCCCUGAAAUGCAUUCUGAACAUCUCUCGUCAUGGCAACCAGUAUAUUCAGAGUAAUGAACCCUGGAAGAAGAUCAAAGGAGGAGAUGAGGACAGAAAACGUGCAGGCACGGUAACCGGUGUGUCUGUGAAUGUGGCGUGUCUCUUGUCGGCCAUGUUGGAGCCGUACAUGCCUACCAUCAGUCAGACCAUCCGUACCCAGCUGCAAGCUCCAGAUAAUUGUGCCAUUGCCAUGCUGAGUGCUGAGGGACAUUUCCUCCGCAGCCUUCCAACCGGCCACCAGAUCGGCACGAUCAGUCCUUUGUUCCAGAAGCUGGAACCUGAGCAAAUCGAGAUGCUGAGGAAGAAAUUCGGAGGACAACAGCCGGAGGAGGAGACUCUUAUGGGAAAGAAUCCCAGUGACAAGACGAGCAAAACGCAGACCAAGCCCCCCGCUGCUGCAAAACCUACCACUACCGAAGGAAAGAAUUGAUGAGAAGAGGAAAGUGAGUAGGAGUGAGGAGACCAUCGUUUGGGUGUACUAGCAGAAGGUACAUAGUGCAGGGAUAUUUUUUCUAAAAGCAUCAUAGUGAAUGAAAAUUAUCCAUGACCAACUUUACAUGACUGCUGUCAAGCCAGUUAUGUUGAGCAUCAAAAUACAAAUAAUGUUCAUCAAUAAAAAAAAGGCUUUAAGAUCACCUAAUAAUACUUUGUAGAGU